AUGCGGAUUGUUCCCAACCGCCUGCUCUCCUCCACGCAGACGUCCCGCUGCAAUUCCAGAAGCCAGAGCCCGAUGCGUUCCAAGAACAACGACGUUGCGGGGCUGCCCGCCCCGGACGCUGCCAACGCCCUCGCCCUCAAGGUGGUCAUCAUGAAGGCGCGGAACCUGGCCGCCAAGGACCGCAGCGGCACCUCUGAUCCGUACCUCGUCGUCACCCUUGGCGACUCCCGAAUCGAGACUCACGCUGUGCCUAAGACGCUCAAUCCCGACUGGAACGUCAUCGAGGAGCUGCCCGUCACCUCGGUCCAGAGCCUCGUCCUCGACGUCAUCUGCUGGGACAAGGAUCGCUUCGGCAAGGACUACAUGGGCGAGUUCGAUUUGGCCCUCGAGGAGAUAUUCCAGGGCGAAAAGGUCGAGCAGCCGCCGCGAUGGUUCCCUCUCAAGAGCAAGCGCCCGGGCAAGAAGACUGGCGUCGUCUCGGGCGAGGUGAUGCUGCAGUUCUCCCUUUUUGACCCCGCCAACCCCGCGGCAUCCUCGCAGCAAAUCUUCGAGAAGCUCUACAACAUCAUCGGCUCCAUGCCCAUGGGCUCCUCGCGCCAGGCCACGCCUUCAAUGACCCCUCUCCUGACCCCGACCUCCAUACCCAAGUCCACCCCCGGCCCGUCGUCCUCGCCAGAUGAGGCCGCAGACGAAGAAGACGACGAGGACCUCACCGAAUUCGACGACGAGGUCAACGAAGAGGGCGAAGACUUAACCAAGCCCGAGACGGCCGAGAGGCGGCGCCGGCGCCUCAGGAUCAGGGGCCUGAAGAGAAGACGGCGGCAGAACCCGUACGCCUUCAACAACGGCUACUCGGACGUGGUCGGCAUCAUCUUCCUCGAGGUCUGCAAAAUCACCGACCUACCACCAGAGUCAAACUUGACUAGGACCAGCUUUGACAUGGAUCCCUUCGUCGUGGCCUCGCUCGGCAAAAAGACGUACCGUACCCGGCGUGUCCGCCACAACCUGAACCCCGUUUAUAAUGAGAAGAUGAUAUUUCACGUCCAAGGACACGAGCAGGCGUACUCCUUUGCUUUCACCGUCAUUGACCACGACAGGUACUCCGGAAACGACUUCAUCGCGUCGUGCACUCUCCCGGUCCCGGAGUUGAUCGAAAAGGCGCCCAAGGCUGAUCCGGAAACCGGGCUCUACAUGCUGCGCGACCCCCCGGCGGGCGUCCCGCCAGCUGCCUCCAAGUCGCGCCUCAAGAGGCUGGGGAUGUCUCGUUCGUCGUCUUCCCAAAGUUUGGGUAAGAUGAUGCGGCCUGGCCUGUCCAAGACACUGUCCAACACCAGCACGGCCUCACAGAACGCCCCCCUUGACCCAAGUCAGGCCCAGUCCACCAGCCACGCUCUCCUCGCCCCGGCGGAUGCACUUGCUAAUACAGGUAUUGAGAUUACAGAGCCGGCGAUGGAGACGGACGACCCGGACUUCCAUGAUUACGUGGUGCCGUUGAAGAUGAAGAACCUGGACAAAUGGGAAUCCAAGCACAACCCCGUCCUGUACCUCCGAGCCAAGUACAUGCCGUACUCGGCGCUGAGACAGCAGUUCUGGCGCGCCAUGCUGAGGCAAUACGACACCGACGAGAGCGGCGAGAUCAGUCGCGUCGAGCUGACAACCAUGCUCGACACGCUCGGGUCGACCCUGCGCGAGUCCACCAUCGACAGCUUCUUCCAGCGCUUCCCCCACAAGGCCGCCGACAACGAGGAGACGUGGGACCUGACCAUGGACGAGGCCGUCACCUGCCUGGAGGACCAGCUGGACGCUAAGAGCAAGCAAUCCUCCACGGUCGGCGACAAACUCAAGAGCAUGGUGCCGGACAUGAAGGCGCUCGGCAUACAAAACAAGCAGACGUCGAGUUCCGAGGGCUCGGGUGCGUCCACGCCGCAAAUCUCACUCGACUCCACCGCGGUUCCGGAAAUCAGCACCCCGCUCGAGGCGGAGGGCGACGAGGAUCUGAGCGACGAUCGCGGGGAAGAACAUGUCGUCGAGAUUCGCGAGUGCCCCAUCUGUCACCAGCCACGACUCAACAAGCGAAGCGACACGGAUAUCAUCACCCACAUCGCCACCUGCGCCAGCCAGGACUGGAGGCAGGUCAACACGGUCUUGAUGGGCGGUUUCGUGACGGCGAGCCAGGCUCAGCGCAAGUGGUACUCCAAGGUCAUCACCAAGAUCUCGUACGGAGGCUACAAGCUCGGAGCCAAUUCGGCCAACAUUCUGGUGCAGGACCGUAUCACCGGCCAGAUUAACGAGGAGAAGAUGAGCGUCUACGUCCGCCUCGGCAUUCGCCUCCUGUACAAGGGCUUGAAGUCACGCGAGAUGGAGAACAAGCGAAUCCGCAAGAUGCUCAAGAACCUCAGCAUCAAGCAGGGCAGGAAGUUUGACGACCCUGCCUCCAAGGAUGAGAUUGAGAAGUUUAUCGACUUUCACGGUCUCGACAUGUCCGAGGUGCUGCUGCCGAUUGAUGAAUUCAAGAACUUCAACGAGUUCUUUUAUCGCGCUCUCAAACAAGGGGCACGGCCUUGCUCGGCACCCCACAACCCCAAGAUCAUCGUCUCGCCGGCAGACUGCCGGAGCGUCGUGUUCAAUCAGAUGACGCUGGCGACCAAGAUAUGGGUCAAGGGCCGUGAAUUCAACGUCAAGAGGCUCCUCGGCGACGCAUACCCCGCCGACGCCGCACGGUACGAGAACGGAGCCCUGGGCAUUUUCCGACUGGCGCCGCAGGACUACCAUCGUUUCCACAUCCCGGUGGACGGCGUCAUGGGCAAGCCCAAGACGAUCGCGGGCGAGUACUACACGGUGAACCCGAUGGCGAUUCGGUCGGCGCUAGAUGUCUACGGUGAAAACGUGCGAGUGAUUGUGCCCAUCGACAGCGUCGAGCACGGCCGCGUCAUGGUGAUUUGCGUCGGUGCCAUGAUGGUGGGCAGCACAGUCAUCACGCGCAACGAGGGUGACCAGGUGAAGCGGGCCGAGGAGCUGGGGUAUUUCAAGUUUGGUGGCAGCACGGUGCUGCUUCUGUUUGAGCCGGGCAAGAUGCGGUUCGACGAUGAUCUGGUGGACAAUUCUAACAGCGCCCUGGAGACUCUGAUCCGAGUAGGCAUGUCGAUUGGGCACUCUCCUAGUGAGUCGCAGUGGACGCCCGACAUGCGCAAGAGCGAAGACAACAUCACCGAGGCAGAGAAGAAGGAAGCGAAGCGGCGCAUCCAGGGCAACUUUGCGAUGGAGUCGCCCGGCGACAGCGGGUCUGACGACGGGCAGCUGGGGAUGCCGCGCAGAAUGUCGACGGUGCCGACAGUCAACACGCUGGCGGCGUCAGCAUUGUAG